AGCUGGAACAAAUUGGUGCCAUGAUUUUCCAAAACUUGCCAGAGAAUCUGGCUUCCAUUUCAACAUGCAUCGAAGACGAGUGCGCGUCGAUUGGAAUCGCAUCGGUUCAAUCGACAUCGACCGAGUGAUAGGAGAAAGAGAUUUCUCAACUAUUGACGAUAAUGUAAAUAACGUAGUGGAUUAUUGUCUGGAAAGCGAGUACGACGUCAAAAUUCUGGACUCGAAUUUUGUCAAAUUGUUUCGACUGGCGCAGCUGGCCGUCGAGUAUCUUUUGUACUGCAAACAAUAUUUGGAUCACAGCGUCGUCAUCUUGAAGGAAGAGUUAAGAUCAAAACAGAACGAGAACUCUGAAUUGAGAGACGAGCUUUGCGCGAAGGAAAAAAGCAUCAAAGAAUUGAGAGACAAACUCAAGGAACGAAGCAGAAUCAUUGAGACCAAACUCAGCGAUUCACAUGGCGAGGCUCAUAAGUGCCCCGAGUGCCCAAAAACUUUUGUAUCCGCCUUGUUCAUGAAUGCCCAUCUGAGUCGUCGACACCCAAACGUCUCUCGAGUGAGUUUGAGCUCGCCGGCGCACGAGCAAUACAGAGCGGAGACUGAAAAAUUGCACAAUGAGAUCAAAUCUCUGAAAGAGCGUCUCAAUUUGACCGAACGAGUCAUCAGAAACGAAACUGACAAAUUUUUCUCUUCCGACAACGUUGACUCGAGGGACAAUCGAGAAACCAGGACAAACGACAAAAGUGAUGCCCAAAAUCAUCGGGGUCGCGAUGAUUUGAUUGAGGAACAACACCGACGUUAUCAGGAAGAAAUUGGCCAUUUGAAAGCCACUAUUUUCGACGAAAUUCGGAAUCUCAAAUUCGCGGAUAAAUAUCCACCCGAAAAAUCUGACGAUGAUCCCAAUCUCAAGGAGUUAGUUCGAGAACAACAAAACGAAAUCAGUCGGUUGCGCCAACAACUUUCUACCAAACAAAACACAGAAAUUGAGAGAGCCGAAACGAGGCGCGAGAACCAAGAGGAAGUUUGGCAAUCGAAAAUGGAAAACUUGGAGUCUCGUUACCGCGCGGACAUCGAAAAGCUAUACGAUAAACUGAAAUCUACUCAGGAGUCAGCCGAUCGAAUGAGAAUCGAUUACAUGACGAGGAUAAGCGAUUUGGAGAGGAGAGAAGCGAGCGUCGAGUCCGAGCUGGUUCAGGCUCGAAACGCCAUGAACUUUAAUCCGAAAAUGAAAAUUUUUGAGGAGGACAAACCUGGAGGAACCGAAUCUCUGAAGAGUCGUUCAUUCCGAGAGAAAAAAGCUCCGAAAAAGUUUUUGGAAGAAGAUGAAUCGAGCGAUUCCGGGAGCGAAACAUCGAGCUCGAAAAUCGAAUCGCCCAGGAAUGAAAAACCCUCGAGAAAAGCUGAAGAAACAAAGUGCUCGAAAAUCGAAACGCCGAGGAGUGAAAAGCCCUCGAGAAAAGAUGAAGAAAUCAAGUCCGCGAGAGUGAAACGUCGGGAAAGAGAAAGCAAGGAAACACGGCAAAACAGCAGAAAAGCUCCGCCAGAUUUUCGCGAAUCUCUAAAAAACGGCGAUUCCAAAAAGCGAUUUUCCGAGUCUCUAAAUCGAAGAACUCCUCACCAAGUCCGUGAAUAUUCCGAGAAGAAAAAUCAGCCCCAAUCAGGCCUACAGGAGACUGAAAUCACUCCGAAAAAACCUCGCCUCGUCGAGGAGAAGAAAAGCUCUGGAAAAAAGCUCGAAAUCGAUGGAAAUUCUGAAUCAAUCUCCGACGAGGACAGCGAAUCGUGGCUCGAAUCUGAAAGCUCUGAAAAUUCCUCGGGAAGCGAAUUCGAGGAGGAACCGAUUGAUGAAAAACGAAAAACUGGCCGAUCGGAAAAUCGCUUGAUCUCGAUCGAUCGACCGCUCGACGACAAACCAUUUUCUUCUCUCGAUUUACCAAUACCCAGGGAAAGAGGACUCGAAAUAUUUCACUCGAAACUUCGUGAGCUCGGCAUCGACCCCGAGUGGCGAGGCAUUCCUGACGCGACCUUUAAACAAGUUUUCGAAAUCGUUAGACACCAUCGGAGCAUAAAUUCGAAGAAAUAUCGAAAAUUCGAGGACAUAAGAAGAAAAUUGAUGGGCCAGUUGUCCCGAAAUCUAGCAGUGAAAGAAAAAGAUUUGAAAAUUCAAGAUUCAAUGGAACGAUCGCAAAUCGAGAGAUUAGUGACGAACGUGAGGAGUAAAGUAUCCAAGGCUUUGAAUAUUUUGGAAAAAAAUGACGGUUCUUAUUCAACGAACAAACUGGCUCGACGUGAGAAACCGGAAGUGCCGAAAUUCCCGGUGGAUCGUUCGCCAUCGAGGAGGGCGUUGGAGACGAAAAAAUUAGUCCAGCCUCGAGGUUCCUUGACGUCAGAAAAUUCCUACGAAAAUGAGCCAACGAGGGAAAGCAGGAAUUCGAAUUUAAGGAGGAGAACCGUCGGGAAGGAUGCCGGAAACGAGCAAAAGCAUUUGUCCCACUCGUACGAGAGCAUCAAAGAUUUUAUUCGAGACACGAAUCCUCAUCAGCCGAAAUCGAUCUUCAACGUUUCCGGCACCCUGGUCGCUUCGACGCCUCAAAAAACCGAGGCGAUUCUCAUCGGCGAUUCUCCCCUCAACGCCAAUGCCGCUGUACGCUCAAGCAAACACGAAACUGCUGGCUCCGGACUCUCGACCAUCAAUUCACCGAGAAAUAACAACAAAAGCGUGCUCAAAUCCAGCAUCGGCGGGUCCAUUGGAAAUCUGGCGAAAAAAAAAGUUUUGUUCGAUCUUCAGUCCUCGGACGUUGAGGAGCGAGCUCGGGAUUCCCCUUCCAUUCAUUUGGCCGCUCGCGAGCCCGAAAAUCUUGAACGCAAUGAGAAAAUCUCGAGUGAAAGCGACUUUGAAAUUUCUAGCAUCCACGACGAGAGGGAACAGCACAGGAACGAUUCCGGAGAGGCUGCUAAAGUUUUACUGCUCAAAACGUCACAGAGUGAAAAAAUAGCACAAAUUUCACAACAAAUCGAGCAGCAGUUGAGCAUUGCUCGUCGCAAACCAGCAGGAGCCAUCGAGGCGAUGUUCCUGGAGAAAUUCAGUCUGGAAUCCGAGAAAAAAGAUUCGCCAUCGAAGCUCUACGAGAGCGUAAAAAGUCCGAGGAGCCUGAGUUUCGAAAAUUCUGUGGGCUCGAAAAACGCACAAAGAAAUCCGUCGGAUCGGCAGAGCCGCGACUUCCGGUAUCCAAGUACGCACAAACUUGAGGACGAUACCAAAGAUACGAAUUUGGAUUUGGACAUUGACGAAUUACUGCGGAUGGAGUCAAAAUGGGACACUCCAAUGAAUGGGACAGUCAGGCAGAGCGAGACUGUGGACUGCCCGGGUCUGGCUGAGCAAAUGGGCAAAUUGGAGCAAAGUUCUUGGGCAACGAUCGAGUCCGGGACCGCAUGGGACACUGGCAUAAGUGAAAAUUGCAGCCAGAGCAAAACAGUCGACUUUUGUGACCAUAAAUUUGGCACCCAAUCGGUAAUCAUUAUUGGGGAAAAUAAAAAAUUCGAAAAAAACGGUGAUCGGAGCUCCUGCAGAGUCGUCGGACUGCAGAAUCGAAAUGGCCAGCGACGACGAGUGUCUUUCGAUCGAGGCUCCAACAUCCUGCGAACUAUGCGACGGAAAAAUGAACCGGCCCUGUCGCCCGUCGACAUAAUCCUCAAAAGCUACCAAGAGGACAGCGAGAGCGAAACUUCUUCGACUGGCUCACAGGACAUUGAAAACGACAAUUUUUGGCCGACCGUCACCAUCGAGUUGUCCGAGGACUACGAUUCUUACAACCGACAACCCGUCGAAAAUUAUUUGUUCGAGUAUCGUAAUUUGGAUAAGGAAGAAGAGGAAAAAUAUUGGAACAACAGAAAAAACGAGAGCACCACUCGCGAAACAAUCGGAAAUAUAACGGAGGACAAGGUAACGCCCACGCUCGAAACUUCGAACAGCUCGUUUUGGAAUAACAGCGAAACCCGAGACGACAACGAGCUCAAUAACAACGAGGCUGCUGUCCAACACUCAAUUGACGCUGACACUCUCAAUCAGCUGGACGUUUACAAAAACGAGGAGAAAAUUUUUUACGAAAAGCCAAAACUCAAUAUCCAGAGUGUGACGUAUCUGUACGACAGCGUUCUCCCGACGUCGGUAAAGUGCAUGAAUUACGUGAACAGCAUAGAAGUAGAUUCGGAGCCAUUGUUGGAGGAUUUUGGGUGCUUGGAAGAGGAGAGUUCGACGGAGGAGGUUAAAAUCGGUGAAAAAGAGAGUGCAGUCGAAACAGGAUCGUUGAGGGAGGCGGUGGAUUCGAAGAGUUUGAAAAAAUGUGUGAAAUCGCAAAGAAGCAACGAGACGAUAGACUCGGAAGUGAAAAAUGAGGAUUUGCCAUUGGAAUUGGAGGUCGACGUCGAAGUGGUCGAACUAACGAAAAGCGUAAAAGAGGUCAUUCAGUUUCCGGAGAUCGAGGAAAUCGCGGAAACUGCAAAAUCGAACGAAAGGACCGUCACACCGCUGUCGAACGAGCCCGAAACCGUCGAUUCGUCAUCGUCAGUCGAUAAGGAAGAAACCAACGAGGCUUUGUUACCGACCAUCGAUCACGUCGACUUGAUUAAUUUGUACAACGAAGCUUUCUACUUCGAAGAACAAUCUUCCUACGCCAAAAUCGAAGAAAUCGAUCUGCUCUCGAGCAUCGGCCGCGACAUCGGCGUCGAUCUCGAAAAAUACGUCCAACCGAUUCCAGACCUCGUCGCCAUGGAAACCGUUCAACAAAUCGCCCCGAGAUCUCUGCCAACUAUCAUUAAAGAGCCGAACCUUCGAGCCGACACAAACAAACUACUCGAUCAUGAAAUGCCCGAUAUUUCUAGCGCCGACACCAGGAAAAAAGAAAAAAUGGCCAGGAACCAAGCUCGCAGGAGGCUCAACUCGCAUUCCGCUCCCGGACAAACCCGACGACCUGACAAACGCCGCGCUGAUCACAUCGUCGACAAUGGGCCAGGCGGUUUUGACGUUUACAACAUUGAAACAGCGAUGCCGAAAAUCGAUCUCGAUGCCAUCGAGUCCCAUCUGAGAGCUGCGCGCGAAGAGGAACGUCGACGACGAAAUGACAGAGAAGAGAUUAGAAGGCGUUUGGCGAUGGGGCCGGACGCGGAAGACCUUAGAGCGGAAAGAGGAAGAAAACCGAGUCUUCAGUCACGUCUUCAGAGUGGGAUGAAUCUUCAAAUCUGCUUCAUGAACGAAUCCCCCUCGGACACGGAAUCACCAAGCUCAGAGAAAGACUCGUCUCCGAGUGCCUCAGAUCUGUCCUCUCUGUCAAAAAUAGAGCAGCAAUCUCACAGAUUUGCAUCGAGGCCUCAACUUCUCAGUCUUCCGCCAUUGAGAGUAGACACGGCGAAUCCAACCUCAUGUUCAGCAUCGAGCUCUUCGUCGGUGGAGCCUCUUGACGAGGCUGAUUUCUUUGCUCGCCAGGCUAGACUUCAGACCGAAGCAAGAAUGGCGCUUGCGCAGGCCAAGGAAAUGGCUCAUAUGCAAAUGGAAGUGGAAAGACAGCGACUGAAACAGUCUCCCAUAACGGAGAUGGUCAGAUCCAGCCUGGAAAAAGUCGGUGUACAAUUGGGCGAAGAUCGUCGCCGUCUUUCUCGCGUACUUUUGACCGAAUUGAACGUCGCACAACUCCAAGUCGUCGCGAAUGAUCUUCACGCUCGUAUCGCAAUGCUGAACGAGGCUCUCGUCGAAGGCUUGCUUCGCAGGGACGAUCUUCACAUGGAGCAGGACUCCAUGCUCGUCGACGUCGAGGAUCUCACAAGAUAUCUAGGUGCGAAGCAAGAAAGUCUAAGGAAGUGUUCGAGCUGUUCGAGGGAGUCGCAGGAGCAAAAGCAGCAGCAGCAGCAGCAUCAAGAGAAAACGAUAAUGGUGGGGCCGAGUUCGAAGAAUCGUGGAAUUCAAAGGACGUUGAGAGCCACGUCGUCGCUGACUCGUGAAAAGAUGGUCAAAUGUUUAUCGAGCCGUCGAGCAGCAUAAGAAAACAAUAAUCACAAUUUCAAUCGAUUUAACACAACAAAAUAUAUCCAGCAAAUGAAAAAAAUCGAUAGAAAAUAUCAAGAGAAUCAAACGUAGCGAAAAGCAGAUAAAAUUUCGGCUUCGAAAUGAUAAAGAAUUGCAAAAAAAAAAAUUAUUCAACUUACGAGUACGAGAUUGAUGAAAAAACUGACGUUUUUACAGCUUUAUCGUUAGUCAGUUUGCUAGCAGCCCCGAUAAACCGUAGGCACCAUUUUUUCUCCUCGAAUUUAACGGAAAGAAAACUCAGAAAAUAGAAAUUCCAUUAUUAUUGAGCGACAAGAGGAAUCUAAAAUAGAAAUAGCGUUAAUAGGAACGAAAAUAAAAAACGCUCUUCGGUGUUUCAAAUAAUGGUUAAAGCGUCGACACAUUUUAUCGCCCUUCGUUAAGGCACUCUUUCAAUCGCCAUUCCCACGAUCCACAAGUAUCCGAACAAAAAAUUAAUCAACUUUCAAUCUCCUCGUCUUAAUCGUCAUUCGAUCACGAAUUUUACAUCGUCAAAUGUCGCUUCCUGUCGGUUAAAUAAACGAACGUUGGGACAAGUAUAAAUACGUCAUUCAACAUUCUGGAGAGCUAGUAGACAAAAAAACCAUUCUGCUUAUCUAGUUCGAUAAAUAUUCGCAGUAUUUCAUCCGACAAAAUGAGAAUCUUUCCUCGAUAAACAUUCUUCAUGGAAUAUGCGAAUAAUGAAUUUCCCAAAAUUGAAUCUCGACGUCAUUCGUUUUUCAAAUCCCCAAAAGAAUGUGAAGAUCGUAUUUUCAAGCAUUUGAGAAUUCAUGAAAACUUUUCAAAAGUUCAAUUUCAUUCCGAAAGUUCCGAAUGAGAAAAAUCGUUUUAUCUUUUCAUUGAAAAAUCCAAAAGCGAUAUUCUCAUUUUUCUUUUUUUAAGGAAAAACAACCAAAAACCAUUGAGAAUUCUAAAAAUUUUUACGUAAAAUUCCCAAAUCGUAUCUAAUAAUAUCGGCAAAUAAAAAUGCCAUUUUUUUCAAAUUAUAUCAACGCAAAGCCAAAAGAGGAGCGCGAAUUGAUGAGAUAAAACCACACCCAAGUUGUCCCCAAAGAGUACGUUAUAAAACUAGGCUCCAAAAAAAAAAAACGAAAAGAAAAAAUUGGAGAAAAAAAUAAAAACGUCAUCGAGAUUUGCAUAUUAUCUACAAAAUAGGUUUUAAUCGUAAUUUUAAUUAAUAAUAUACAGAUUGUAAAUACUAACUAAACAAUAAUAAUAAAAUAUGGUGUAACAAGUU